GCUAGCCUACCGUUUCCUUGUCAUUUGAUUUUGAUUUGAUUGUUUUGACUUGAAUUGAACGUGUCUUCAAUUUCUGUCUUCCAGGCAGGCAAGACUAAACACGCCGAUAGCCUUUUAUUAAUUUGUCUGUAACCCUCUCUGACACGUAAACUUUACUUUUCUUUUUAUUGCUUCGAUGCCGAUGCAUUUCUGAGCUUGACAGAUCUAGAGAUGUCUAAGUCAAGUGAAAGAGGGAGAGUUGUUUGCCAGAGCGCCCAAAGCCAAAAGAUGCUUUCAGCUGAUGCAUUUCCAGUUCAUAUACCUCCUGAUCAUUUGGAAAAAUUCCCCAAAUUCGGUGAGCUGGUCUCACAGCUCAAGAGCCGAUUGUCACAAGACGGAACCAGCCUACCCCUUCAAAAAAGUCUAGAUCAGGCUAGACACAACUUGAGUCAAGCUCGGAACACCUGGCUGAUGAACCACCUUGUGCACAGUGAGCUGUCAGAACUUUUGGCUGAACUGGAGGUCAGAGGUCAAGAUGGUGGGCUGUCUUUGAGUGAGAAGCAGUUUAAAGACAUACUGGCACGGGUGUUGGCCUACGGUGAGUUAGAGAACUACCUGAACUUCCAGCCGGACCCCACCAGUCGCUCGACACUUUUUGGCCUCUCUGCUCAGGACAUUGCACGACACAACCCUGUGGCGCAACAUGUGCCAGCCGUACAGCAAACGGCUCUGCCCAUGAUAGAAGACAGACUGCGACAGAAGUGUGAGAAGCUCUACAACUUUUACAUUGGAGACACAGAUGUGGAAAGUAGGUCAGAGCAGUUGAUGAUUGCGAAGUCUCGAUCGUUGCCUGCAGUCGUGGAGCAAAAACUACAGGAACUAGAGCAAUGUAAGGAUUCCCUGGCCCAGGAUCGCCUCAGCCGAGAGAAACAGUUUUGGCUGUACUAUCAGAAACUACUGGAGGGUUUAUCUUUAAUGGAACGAAUGCUGAGAGAGCACAAAUUAACGUCUCAAGCAGAGGUCGAUGUGGUGACUGCUGGUUGGCUCGAGGCUCAAUGUGAUGCUUUUUGUUUAAAAUUCCGACUAACAAAGAUGCAGAUUCUCUGCGAGACGUAUGAUACUGAGACCCUGAAAGCACUGAAAAAGAUCAGCGGCCACUUGGACAAAGCUCUGAAACAGACACAGCAGGAGCUGGCGGCCACUCAGCACAGCCUGCAGGGCUACCAGGCCAUAGGGGAAGAGUUCAAGUCUCUGGUGGCAGAGUUCACACAGCUCCAGAAGGAGGUGGACUCUCGACGCUGGGGCCUGCAGCAGCUGGGGGUGUGGGGUGGAGCUCAGGGUCAGGGUCAAGGUCAGGGUCAAGAAGGCAGCUCUUCGCCUUCGUAGAUCUGUGCCUUGGCUGUGGAUGAGGGUGUGUGGUGCAGGGUCAGACUUGGGGUCAGGUUCAAGGUGGCGACCUUCGUAGAUCUAUGCCUUGACUGUGGAUGAGGGUGUGUGGUGCGUGGGGUGGAGGUCAGGAUCAGAGUCAAGGUUGAACUCAGGGUCAAGGUGGCAGUUCUUCUCUGCCCUCGUAGGUGCCUUGGCUGUGGAUGAGGGUGUGUGGUGCGGGGUCAGGCUUGGGGUCAGGGCAAAGAACUCAGGUUCAAGGUGGCGACCUUUUACCUUACUGUGAAUGAGGGUGUUUGGAGGGCACUACUGGUAUGUCCUACUUCUUGGCUUUCCCGCUUUUGUUUUUUUUUGGGUCUGUUUUACAUUUUCCCUGAAGCUAAAUGACCAUUAUUGUGUCUAUGUGCAGCUCUUUAUAGAAACAAGAGAACAAAUUUUGAAUAAGGGUGGCUCUGUCUGUGAGGAGGGAUCACAGGGCGGUAGUGGUAACUCGUUGAUGUUUGAGCUGAAAGGAGAAGUGAACUUUUGUGGGAGGUUGGAGGGCGCCAGUGGUAGAUCCUGCUUCAUAACUUUCCCUCUGUUGUUUCUGUCUGUCUGUCUGUCUGUCUGUCUUACUUUAUCCCAGCACUAAAUGCCCAUUACUGUGUGGGUGUGCUUCCCUUUACACAAUCAAGCGAGAUUGUGGGAGAGAAGUAUUUGUCUGCUCGUAUUAGUUGGUGGGUGCUCUGGAGUGGUUUGCUCCUUCUUUCCUAUAAAAAAUCUAUCAUCCUUAUCUC